AAUGGCACCCUCUCAAUCAGGAAGUAAAGAAAAUAAGUAGCGGCGGAUAAGUUGGAUAAAAUUCCACAUUUCCGUCGAUUUGACGCCGGUCGCGACUCAACAUCUGCCCGCGUGCUCGGGGUUCGAACUGGAACGAAGAAAAGGCGGCGAAACGAUCAUGGAGAGUAUUUUUCCGUGCUAGAGGUACAAUCUGGGACCCAGCCAGCAGCAUCGGCGUUGGCAGAUUGGGCCGUAGCAAAAGUCAUCUCGUCGUGAUCAUGUGUGCAACUCCAGUCUGAUGCCCACCCUCCCCUCAGCGCUGGCCAUGGACGGGGAGAACUACCUGCAUCCAGAAGGCCCUCAGGUGGACACUAGCUUGUUCUCUGUAGCCUCCUCAAACAUGGAGAGUUCCCUCUUUGCCUCUUCUGGCUCCUGGAGAUCCUUUUCUCAGCAGGCUGGAUAUAGCGUGCACUGCCCUAUGCAAUCUGGAAACCAGCAAUACCACUUGAACAGCAGCAGCGCUACCACCGCCACAACACCGGAUGUGCACCUUGACAUGUACUCUGCGUUCUCAGAUAUGGAUUUCUCCUGCCUCAACCCCCCCAGGAAUGGCGAUUUCUCCCAGGAUCUGUCCUGCAUCGAUGACCUCUCCACCAAUUCCCUGUUCUCUUCUCCGGCCGACUCACUGUCAGAGUAUGCCGACGCCCAGUCCUUCAUCAGCACCGACCACCUGGACACGGUGCCCACGCUCUGGGAUGUCAGCACAAGUACCACCGCCGCCACCACACCAGCACAGAGCCAGCUGGAGCUUAAAGGCACCAGCACGUUUCAGGGCUUGGCCAGUUUGGAUGAUAUAACAGCUAUAAUCUGCACGCCACCUUUAGGAGGAUUUCAGACUCAGAGAACUCAGUUACCCCCGGAGGAGGAGGAGGAAGCAGAGGAAGAGGAUUCAGAGGAACUAGGCCAUGUCGACACGUAUGCCGAGUACAGACCUUCCAAAUCAACUAUCGGAAUUUCCCAUCCCGACAUAGUGGUGGAGACCAACACGCUGUCUAGUGUCCCUCCUCCGGACAUCACAUACACUCUGUCUAUACCCGAGUCUACCAUUAACAGCGGCCUGCUGUCCGCCCUGCAGCUAGAAGCCAUUAUCUAUGCCUGUCAGCAACACGAAGUCAUCCUACAGAACAACCAGCGAGCAGGCUUCCUGAUUGGCGAUGGGGCCGGCGUGGGUAAAGGGCGUACUGUUGCGGGAAUCAUCCUGGAAAACUACCUUAAGGGAAGGAAAAAAUCACUAUGGUUCAGCAUAUCCAAUGACCUGAAAUUUGAUGCAGAGCGAGAUCUCAAAGACAUAGAUGCACCGACUAUUCCUGUGCAUGCCUUAAACAAAAUUAAGUAUGGAGACACAGCUACCUCAGAAGGAGUCCUCUUUGCGACCUACUCUGCGCUGAUUGGCGAGAGCCAGGCGGGAGGGCAGCACCGCACGCGGAUUAAACAGAUCCUGGACUGGUGCAAACCGGAUUUUGACGGAGUUAUUAUUUUUGAUGAAUGCCACAAAGCCAAGAAUGCCACGUCAACAAAGAUGGGCAAGGCAGUGCUUGAUCUGCAAAACAAGCUGCCGCGGGCCAGAGUGGUCUAUGCCAGUGCCACAGGUGCCUCAGAGCCAAAGAACAUGAUCUACAUGAGCCGCCUGGGUAUCUGGGGUGAGGGCACGCCCUUCAGGGCCUUUGAUGACUUCCUGCACGCCAUCGAGAAGAGAGGUGUGGGCGCCAUGGAAAUUGUUGCUAUGGAUAUGAAAGUGAGCGGGAUGUACAUCGCCAGGCAGCUGAGCUUCUCAGGGGUGUCUUUCCGCAUUGAAGAGAUCGGACUGGACAGCGACUUCAAGCUGGUCUACAAUAAAGCCGCCAAACUGUGGGCAGAGGCACUGCAGGUCUUCAUGCGCGCCGCCGACGACCUGGGCCUGGUCAGCAGGAAGUCACUGUGGGGCCAGUUCUGGUCAUCUCACCAGCGCUUUUUCAAAUACCUCUGUAUUGCUGCCAAGGUCCGCUGCCUAGUGGAGUUGGCCAAGAAAGAGCUGGAGGCAGGAAAGUGCAUCGUCAUUGGCCUGCAGUCUACUGGGGAGUCGCGCACCAGAGAAGUUCUAGACGAGAAUGACGGUCAUCUUGACAGAUUCGUCUCUGCCGCAGAGGGAGUGUUCCAGUCCCUCGUUACCAAACAUUUUCCCUCUGAGAAGCAGCGGCGAGAGAAGGCACCCGGGAAUAAGAGAAAGCGUAAGCCUCGAGGGCGCCAUCCCAAGGUACCCAAGCACACGGUGGACAGCGGCGGUGUCAUCAGCAUCAACAGCGACGACAGCAGCACUGACUCUGACGGCAUGGACACCGAUUCUAACUCCUCACCAGACUCGCUGUUGGACAACGAUGAUGUCAUCUUUGUCAACCACACGAGCUGCCACACUGUCAGGAUAGAGGAGAUGAAGCAGGGUCUUCUCAACAAGAUAUCACAGCUGGGAAAAGAACUACCUCUCAACACUUUGGACGAGCUUAUCGAUAAGUUCGGCGGCCCUGAUAAAGUCUCUGAGAUGACCGGGCGUAAGGGUCGUGUGGUGCGGCGUCUUGACGGUAGCGUCCGUUACGAGUCACGCGCUGAGCAGGGGCUCACGAUCGACCACAUCAACAUCAAGGAGAAAGACCGCUUCAUGAGUGGAGAGAAGCUGGUGGCCAUCAUCUCCGAAGCAGCCAGCUCUGGAAUUUCCCUCCAGGCGGACAAACGCGUGAAAAACCAGCGGCGUCGCGUCCACAUGACAUUGGAGCUACCUUGGAGCGCAGACCGGGCCAUUCAGCAGUUUGGCCGUACCCAUCGAUCAAAUCAAGUGACGGCUCCAGAGUACAUAUUCCUCAUUUCGGAGCUAGCCGGUGAGAGACGUUUCGCCUCGAUCGUGGCAAAGAGAUUGGAGAGCCUGGGCGCAUUAACACACGGAGACAGAAGAGCGACUGAAUCAAGAGACCUGAGCAAGUACAACUUUGAGAACAAGUAUGGUACCAAGGCUCUGGAUAAAAUCACCAAAGCAAUACUGGGGUACAUAGAGAACAAGGUGCCUGUGCCCAAAGGUUACCCUGGAGGUGACGCCAUGUUCUUCAGAGAUAUGAAACAUGGAAUGAUGGAUGUGGGCAUCUUCUGUAGGGAGUCACGCUUCGGCAUCAGUACAGAGAAAGACUGCAGCAUUACCAAGUUCCUAAACCGCAUCCUGGGUCUAGAGGUCCACAAGCAGAACCAUCUCUUCCAGUACUUCACAGACAAUUUUGACUACCUAAUCGAGAAGGACAAGAAGGAGGGCAAAUAUGACAUGGGCAUCUUAGAUCUGGCUCCAGGUAACGAUGAGAUUUACGAGGAGAAGCAAGAAAUUUUCAUGACAGUUGGAAACCCUCAGGAUGGCCAGGUGGUUCUUUACAAGAUCAGUGUGGACAGAGGUAUGCCUUGGGAUGAAGCCAACAACAGGUUUCUCAAUCUCACUGGUGCUGACGAGGGCUUUUACUUGUCCCAGAAGCUACGAGGUAACCAGCCGUGCGUGCUGCUCGCUGAGCAAGGGAGAGGCAGGAACUUUAUUGUCUACAAGCCCAACAUCGGCAAGCAGACUCACACCGAGAGCCUUGACAACCUGCAGCAACGCUAUCGGAAGGUGACUCCAGAGGAGGCCAAGGACUGCUGGGAGAGCCAGUUCAGCUUCUCCUUGAAGAAGUGUAGCCAUGCUAACUGGAACGGCAAGUGCAAGAAGGUCGAGGAGGGCCAAGAGUGCUUCCAGGGCAUGCGUCUCCGCCAGUACCACAUGCUGUGCGGCGCUCUACUGCGCGUGUGGAAGCGUGUGUCCGAUGUGGUGUCCGACAUCACCAGUUCCAGCAUCUUGCAGAUUGUUCGCCUCAAAACCAAGCAACACAACAAGCAAGUUGGCAUCAAGAUCCCCGAGAACUGCGUGGCCCGGGUACGCGAUGAGCUCCUGCUAAUGGACGAGGAAGUGAAGCGGAGGCGCAAGGAGCGCGAGAAGCAGGCUAUGGAGCAGCGUCUGGCUGAGGAGCGCAUGCGCAAGAUGGAGCAGGACAAUAAGCACCUACUGGCCAAUUUGUUCAGCCAGAAAGCGAUGCCCAACCAGUCCCUGGCCCAGUCGCUGGUCCACAGCCAGCUCUUCAAGCAGAAACUGAACCCGCUGCAAAAGACACAGAUGGCGGGCUUUUCUCAGCUACAGAGGGUGCAGGCUGUCUUGCAGCAUCAGCAGCAGCACCCCCAGGGUCAAGGUCUGCUGUCUUUACCGAGGACAAAUCACCAAGUGACUCCGAGCGGCUGGCCCGGCAAGUCGGCCGCCUCCAAGCAGCCCGUUGUGCGAAACACGGUCGUUCACGGGUCCAACUUCUCCCAGUUUUACCCCCAGUCCUUCUUACCCCCCUUCACACAACCGCUCCCAGUGCACCAGAUGGCAUGCUUGUCUUCCCAGAAGGCCCAGGAGGAGAUCCUGGACCUGACUGCCAGCUCGCCGUCGCCCUCUCCGGACAGCAGCGAGGGGGGACUGGCUCUGGACAGUCUGACGGGACCCGCCAGAGCGUUCGCGGACGACUUCAACUUAGAGUCGUUCAUUUCGCAGACGGUCGCUCAGCUACCGCCGCCUCCCCCUCCUCCGCCUCCGCCUCCACCUCUGUCUUUGAACCACAACCACCUGACCAACAACCACCAGGACUUGCUGGAUCUCUUCGACCUGCCCCUCUCACCACAGAUGCCCACCCAGAAAGUCUGCCCUUCCUCUUCCGCCUCCUCCACCACCUCGUCCACCUCAUCGCUCGUCCAAAGCUCGCUCUUCUCCAACCCCCCUUCCUCCUCUUCCUCUCAGUUUGCACCCUCUCGCUUCCCCAACUAUCUCCUGCCCCAGUCGGACUCGCUCCCCCUGCCCAACGGCCACUGCAGCUCGGGCGCUCUAGACGUGCGCGAGGCUCUGAACAGCAUGCUACAGGCGGCAGGGUCCGACCGCAAGUCCGUCAUUCACUACCGCCAGCAAGACUGAUGCUUUAAUGUCCUGUCUCGUUUUUUUGUGUGUGUAAGCAGAUUUUAGCACGCGCCUCCACUGCUGUGCGGGACCUUCUAGUCAAUGUCACUGCCUGUCCUGCUCACACUCUUCUCUCUAACCAUCCAUAGUCCUCGCCUGCUCCCUGUAUUGGAUACCCGCACCCCAAAGUGCGUCCUCCAUGGCAGCUCUAAUGCAAACUUGACUUUACGAAACUCUUCUGGAGCUGUCAUAACGAAACAAAAAAAGUCCUUUAACUGAUUUGACGCUGGAAUCUUUUUUUUUUUUUUAUUAUUGCUUUACUCGAGCGAGGCACUAGGUGGCAACGAACUGGAAUAUACAAGAGGAAGAAAUCAAAGCUGACAAAACCGUGAAAUGCCUCCUUUUUGUCCGUUUAGUCCUCCCCACACACACACAACACAGUCUCCUUUUAUUUGUUUGUGUGUUCAAGGAAGAAAAGGAGAAGGAAAGCAGCAGUCUGCUAACAGUGCCUUUCAGAGAAAUCUAAAAAUGCAGUCUUUAAAAUCAAAAACAAAAAAAUCUAUGUAGCCUAAUGUAUAGAUUUGUAUUUUAAUUUAAAUAUGGUAUAUUUGUAUUUAAAUCUUUUCGUCCCUUUGUGUUACACUAUGCUGGUGCCGGGUUCCAAGGACAGGCCUCUGUGAAGCCUCAACUGUGAGUGCGUUUGUGUGUGUGCGUGGCGUGCAACACCAACAACAAGCGUUCUGAGCAGAAGGUAUCCAAAAAUAUCACCACCCUUUUUUUAAAAAUUAAUUUUUAAACUGACGAUAACACAGAGAUUUGACUCCUGGUGUGAUUUGAAAUUUCUCAGGAAAGUCUCAAGUGCUUUUGGUCUUGUUGUUUAAUUUUGUGCGUGCGUGCUUUGUGUGUGUGUGUGUGUGUGCAUGUGCAAGUGUGUGUCGGUUGUGUUGGGUCAUUAAAUAUAUAGAGAAGUCAUUUAUGUUGUGUCAAAAGAAAGGCCCUUCUCGUCACACUUAAGACUUGUAGACUUUCAAUUUAUAUUUUCUUGUCAACCAAGUGAAAAAGCUCUGUAAUAGCUCCCCCCUCUUUGUCAAAAAGCCCAUUGUCACUCUACUAAAAAAAAAAAAAAAAAAAAAAAACAACAACAAAG